UGGGUGGCCUGGGCGGUGUUCGUCUGGCUCGUGACCAUCUACUGCCAUGGCUGGGCCUGGGGCUGCUUUCCGCCGCCUAGCCGCCGUGUCCGGAGCCGGGGCUGUAGGGUUGGCCACCUACGGGGCGCACGGCGCCCAGUUCCCAGAUGCCUACAAAAAGGAGCUGUUUUUCAAGGCCAACCAAUACCACUUCUUACACAGCCUGGCCCUGUUAAGUGUGCCCCAUUGCAGAAAACCCCUCUGGGCUGGAUUAUUGCUAGCUUCUGGAACCACCUUGUUUUGCACCAGCUUUUACUACUACGGUCUGAGUGGAGACCCCAGCGCCCAGACUUUGGCCCCUGUGGGAGGAAGCCUGCUAAUCUUGGGAUGGCUUGCCUUGGCCCUUUGAGUUUCCUUCUGUUUAAUUUCUGGGUUACUUUUUGAAUGUUGGAGCUGGGAGGGGGUUGAAAGAGAAAAGCAAAUAAAGAACCAUGGCGUGUC